AUGUCCUCCGUGGAAUCAGCAGCCUUCUCGCACUACGAAGACGAGGUCUUCCCUCUGUCAUUCUCUAACGCCGCAUUCGAGCCCCCAAUGCUCUCGCAUAGCCCGGACAGAUCGACUUACGCGGACGAGUUUUCUCAAUCUUACCAGCAGGAAUUGCUGACUUCUCCGCUAUCGUAUCCCAUUGCGGACGAGCUGGAGUACACCUACGCUAAGAACAAGAACACUGACAGCAUAAUAACAAGCGCCGAGGAUGAUUUCAUCUUCGACAUGGAAUUCAGCGGCAGCGCUGUCGCCGCCGCCGCCGCUGCUAAAGAAUCUACAACCGCUUCCGGCUUUGCCCUCGCCAGUAACGAUGCCUUUGCCAACGUCGCCCAACAGAACUACAGACUAUGGUUGUCGUCAGUAUGA